UUUCAACCCAUUCUAGUCCGCAGAAUACAAAGAUGAAAGGGUGCGAUAUGUAUUCAAUUUGAUCUGGAAGUCAAUGGGCUACGUACCACAAUGUAUGAAGUUUGCCAGUUGCUCUUAAACUGAGAACAGGGCGCCGUACGUGUGUCUUAUACUUGACAUGUGUGGUUUAGCUGUGUGGUAUAGCUGUGUACUUGGAACAUAGUUCGUAAACAUACCGGAAUCUAGACAGAUGGAUCUCUCUGGAUUUAUAUUUCGGAUUGUGUUCCCGUGUUUGAUUGCUGCCUCCUGUGGGGAGAAACAAGUUACCCGACAUCUGCGACAGAAGAGACAGACAUGUAGUGCACUUUUCACUGCCAUCGACGCUGGUCACACCAUGUGUCUUACCGACAACGCUGAUGUUACUGCUGUUACGUUGACGGAGCAAGCCAAACUGGAAAUUCUCAACAAACAUAACUUUUACCGAGGAGACACGUCCGAUGCGACAAACAUGCAAUAUGUUGUAUGGGACGACGAUGUUGCUGAAGUUGCUGCUAAAUGGGCACGGCAAUGCUCGCUCAGCCACGAAAGUACAGAACUACUGAGAAGGGUACCAAGGCUUCCAGGUAUUCCAAUUGGACAGAACAUUGCCUUUGGACAGGACAGCUUCUUGACGGCUAUAGCAGCCUGGUAUGAUGAAAUCGAGUUUUUCCAGUUUGGCAUCGGUUCUGUAAAUGGCGAGGAAGUUCGCCACUAUACACAGAUGACUAUUGAUGCCCUGGCUAGAAUUGGGUGCGGUCAAGCAUUGUGUGAAAUCUCUGGACAUCGGGCAAAUUACUAUGUUUGCAACUAUGUUAGAUCACAGAGAAGUACGGAGGUAAGCAAGCCGUGGUGCAAAGUUAGUGAUGCGACAACUACCUGUAGCAUCGGCUGCUUAAAACGAUCAACUGAGGGGCUCUGCGAUUGCGGGGGGAGAGUCUGCCUCAACUCCGGAACAUUGAAACUUGCCACAUGUACAUGCGAAUGUAUUAGUGGUUUCUCCGGCCCAAACUGUGAAACAUUCCAGUGUCCAGCAGGUGACGAAUUCUUUUGUAGCGGUACCACAAACUGUCGAUUCGACAACUAUAAGAGCGGCUGCCCCUACACAUGCGGCAGCUGCCCAUCAACCUGCACCAAGGUGUGUCAAAAUGGUGGGAACGUCAACUCCUUGCCGUGUCUGUGCAAUUGUCCUACUGGCUACAGUGGCGACCUCUGCCAGAACACCCCGGGAGGUUGCACCAAAUCGUGUCAAAAUGGCGGCACUCUCAACUCUAAUGCUUGCCAGUGCGGAUGUCCUUCGGGCUAUGGGGGCGACCUCUGUGAAAUUUGCACAAAGUCAUGUCAAAAUGGCGGCGGUCUGAACACUGCUACCUGCCAGUGCGCAUGUCCAGCAGGAUAUGGGGGCGACCUCUGUGAAACUUGUACAAAGUCAUGUCAAAAUGGCGGCGGUCUGAACUCAGUUACCUGCACGUGUUCCUGUCCAUCAGGCUUUGGAGGCGACUUCUGUGAAACCUGUAACAGGAUAUGCCUAAAUAAUGGUGCCCUGAAUGCUGGCUCCUGUCGAUGUAGCUGCCCCAUCGGAACUGGGGGAGACCGAUGCCAGGAUGUGGAUGGUAACUGGGGACAGUGGGGAGGAUGGAACACAGCAUCCACUGCCUGUCCCGUCACGUGCGGAACCUCUGCCACUAAGGUCGUCAACCGUUACCGAUCUUGUAACAGUCCCAUUCCUCUGAACAACGGCCGGACCUGUGUGGGAAGUGAUACGGAUUCGCGUAAUUAUAACUGUCAGCUACAACAAUGUCCACAAACGUGUACAAAGUUCUGUCAAAAUGGCGGCAUUCUGAACGCUCCCUCCUGCGUGUGUGUGUGCCAGACAGGUUACGGGGGCGACUUUUGUCAAGACAGGAAUGGAAACUGGGGGAUGUGGGGAGGCUGGGACACAGCGUCCAGUAUCUGCCCAGUGAGCUGUGGAGUAGAUGCGACUAAGGUCGUGUACAGGUACAGGCAGUGUGAUAAUCCGUUCCCUCAAAACGCUGGUCAGUCUUGCCCGGGCUUGUCAAGGGAAUCCAGAAAUGACAACUGUGGACUCAGCCAAUGUCCACCAGCUUGUACGAAGAACUGUCAAAAUGGCGGCGGUCUGAACGUUAUCUCCUGCCAGUGUGUCUGUCCAGCAGGAUAUGGAGGAGACACUUGUCAAGAUCGAGAUGGUCAAUGGGGUGUCUGGGGAGGGUGGAACACUGCUUCAACGAUCUGUCCGGUGUCAUGUGGCACUACAGCCACGAAGGUGGUGUUCAGGUUAAGGAACUGUGACAGUCCUUCCACGCUGUUCAAUGGCCAGUUUUGCCAGGGAGACAGCAGGCAGUCCAGGGAAGACACCUGUGGACUGACUAACGAAUGUCCUGCGAAAGUGAUCAUCCUCAGCCCUCCAGGGGAUUUUACCGUACUCGUGGGUAACUCUGGCAUCUUCCAGGCCACCCUCAGUCGCGCUGAUGCUUCCAACAUCAUGUGGCGGACCCGAGACAUGGACCUGUCAAGUGACACCAGAUAUGUGAAGAGCGUCAACGGUGCUGAUCGCAGGUUGACCAUCCCCAACGUACAGCAUUCAGACGCUGGUGACUACAGUGUCGUCGUUGACGGGGAUGUACGCCAGGCCACCCUCACUGUUGUGUCUCCUCUGAACAGCAUCACAGCCACAUUGGGAACUGAUGCGGUCUUCCAGACCCGCGUGUCUCCUGUAGGGUCCCCCACCGGUGUCUGGUCCAGGAAUGGUGUGCCGCUGACUGCAGGAUCAAAGUACAGUUUAGUACAAGCCGGUGACAUACGGCAGUUGCUCAUCCGAAAUGCACAGGAGGCUGACGAAGGAAGUUACACUUACACCGUCAAAAACCUCCCUACAAAUGGGUACUUGACAGUAUCAGGUGGUAUUGUGAAUGGUGGGUUUUCGGAAUGGGCAACCUGGAAUCCGGCUGCUGUGGUCUGUCCUGUGACCUGCGGGCGAGAGGCAACGAAACCCAUCAGUCGCAUCAGGACAUGUUCCAACCCCCCACCCUCUAAUGGCGGACAGGACUGCCAAGGCACCAGGGUGGAGAGCAAGGCAGUCAGCUGUCAGUUACAGAACAACUGCCCAAUUGAUGGUAACUGGUCCGGUUGGAGUGAAUGGCAGGAAACCUGCCUGUCAACAUGUGGCUUAGGUGUAAGAGGAAUCAGGACAAGGUCAAGGGCAUGUAAUAAUCCUCCCUCUAGCAAUGGCGGCAGAUUGUGUUAUGGAGAGAAUUUUCAAACAGAGCGAACAAUAUGCAAUGUGUCGCCGUGUCCAGUGGACGGGGGGAUCGGUCCAUGGGGACAAUGGGUGACCUCAGAAUGCUCAAGUACGUGUGGACGCUCCAUCACAAGGCGAAGGACGAGAUCCAGGCAAUGUAACUUGCCACCACCUCAAAACGGCGGGAAGCAAUGUAGUGACACUCUGACGGAAGUGGAGGAAAUAGCCUGUUCCGUGCCGCUGUGCUCGGGUCUCCAGUUCAUGAACGACUUAAUCAACCAGACGAUAGAAACUGGAUAUUUGGGAACCUUCCAAGUAAAUCUUUCUGAAGCUGGUAUAACAAGGGGCACGUGGUACAAAGAUAAUGUCCCGCUAGCCAACUCGGAGAAGAUCCAGAUCACAACAAGGGACACUGUCCAGACGUUGGUCGUUGUGAAUGGUCAGCUGGUGGACUCUGGCCUGUACAGCUACAGAAUGGACGGGAUGACCACUGAAGCCUAUCUCACAGUUUUACCUAUAGCAUGCCCGGCGGACGUCGUGGUUCUGCUUGAUGGAUCACGAUUUGUUAUAACGCAAGCUAACUUCAACACAAUCAAAGAAUUGCUGAAACAACAAAUUAGCGCUGCCUUGCAACAGCUGGGAACGGUUAGAUUCGGAAUGGUUGUGUAUGGGACCAACGUUUCAGCCGUCAUUCCUCUCAGCUCAAACUAUGCUUCUUUACGGGUACAAAUGGAUUCCAUUCCUCAACCAGGAGGCGCCACGUAUGUCAAUCUAGGCCUGGAUCAGGCGCGCACUCUUCUAACGGUAGAUCGGUUGUCAGUUCCUAAACACAUUGUGGCCAUCCUGGGAUCUACGACAAGCUCUCCCUCAGAGACAGUGUCAGCCGGAGAGGCAGCGCGUCAAGCAGGAAUCAAGGUGAAAGCCCUUGGCAUCAUUGGGUUCUAUAAGACAGUGUCCUUCCUCUACAGCAGAUUUAAAGCUGAUCUUGGUGCCGUCGCCACCGAUGCAUCCAGUGUGGUUGAAUACGACGACAUGAUUGCGUUUAGUAAUGGCUUCGACCUUAUGAAUGGAAUAUGUAACAUUACAGUGGAUGGUGGUUGGUCGCCAUGGAUGUCCUGGACCCUUGGUGCCUGCCAGGAAACAUGUGGCUUGAAUGUCGUGAGAGUUGCUUCCAGAAGGCGGGCAUGUACGUCACCCACACCUCAGAACAAUGGCCGUGCCUGUGAUGGAGCCUCGGAGGAGACAGAAUCUAGGACCUGCACACUAUCCAGAUGCCCAAUCGACGGGGGCUUCUCCGAGUGGGGCCAGUGGUCAGCUGCAGUGUGCACGGAAACCUGCGGGGCACUUGUGGACGGGGUGACGAGACGGAACCGGACUUGUACAAGACCAUCCCCACAGUUUGGUGGACGAGUCUGUGCAGGGACGUAUGAAGAAUUUUCAACAGGGAGAUGUAGUUUGCCUAAUUGUCCAGUGGACGGUGGAUAUGGAGAAUGGAGCGAAUGGACUGCUGUGGACUGCGCCGUCACGUGCGGAACUAACGUGACCAGGACGCUGCAGAAAACCCGGCAGUGUGACAGUCCCGUCCCGCAGUUCGGCGGUGCACCCUGCAGCGGCUUCAGCCUACAGGAACAAUCAGAGCUGUGCAACAUCCCGGCGUGUGAAGGUGGUUUUCAACAACUGCAAAACAACGUCACGACUACUGUGGGAUCUACGGUAACCCUGGAGGUGACGUUCUCGGGGGCCCAGCAGCAGGGGAAGUGGUACAAACAGAGCGUCCUCGUGCCAGACAGUGAUAGAACCAGGUACUCCGUGUCGGGCCUUCGUCACAGACUCACCAUCACCGGUGCUAACACAGCGGACGAGGGGAUGUACAUCUAUGUCCACGGAAGAGGGAAUUCAGUAGGAUAUCUUAAAGUUCUGGCAACUGUUGUUCAUGGUGGCUUCUCGUCGUGGAGUGCCUGGGCUGCCCCUUCGUGCUCUCGGACAUGUGGCGUGUCUGCCGAGAAGGUUGCGACAAGGACCAGGACAUGCACAAACCCGCCGCCAGCGAAUGGAGGGUCAGUGUGUAACGGGUCGCUGACCGACACAAGGACUGAAAGCUGUGGAUUACAACCUUGCUCAACAACCGGCUUGUGUGACAGUGUGCAGAGAAGGAACGACGUGGGAUACCGCUACCAUCCCACUGACUGUGACAAAUUCAUCCAGUGUUUCUACAACCCUAAUGGCAGCGUCAUCGCCGUCUUCAGAAGAUGCCCCUUUGGUUUCUACUGGAACCAAGUCACAUUCCGAUGUGCCGAGUCAUGGAAGGUCACCUGUCCAAUCGAGAAGUGCAGCAGCCCGUGUGUGGCCAGCUACAAGAUGGAGGGAAGCUGCAGGUCCUACUGGGUGUGUGAUGGCAAUACGUCAGAGCCCCGCUGCUGCCCCGACGGAUUCGGUUUCUCCCCAGGCCACGGGUGUCGCCCCAACUUCUACUGCGAUGACAUAUGCCCCACCCCCUAUAUACCUAGAGAUAAUUGUGACAAGCGACCCGACUGGAGCGGUGUUUCCACGGCAUACCACUUCCACGCUGGGUCAUUCGGCUGGCAGGCAACGUCGUGUGCAACGGGAACUGACUUCGACCUCCUCGACUGUGGUUGCAAUGACCAAUCAAAUGAAACCAGUAGUCCUAGUCAUGCGCUUGACUUUGCCUCUGAUACCUCCCCAACCUGGCUGACCGCCACCAACGUCAGCAUCAACACCGGCAUGGCCAACCUCGACGCAAGCAGCAGCGUCUACCUCGACUUGAAGAUGACAACCUCCACGCCAGUCACAGUCCGGUUCCGCUUCAGGGAAGCCGCUGCCCCGUCAGGGAGUAGGGUACUGAUCCGAAGCAGCAACUGCAGACGAGGCAACAGUUUGCUCCUUACCGUCGACGACGAUGGUGUACAUUUUAACAUAUGGUCGUGGUAUGGGGACAUUACCAGGAUGACCAUUUUUACUCAGGGCAUGUCACGGUCGGAGUGGACGACUGUCAGCAUCAUGUACGAUGGGCGAGAGCUGAUGGGUGCGGUUGCCUCUGGCGCCAAUGUCUAUAUAUCCAAGAUAUUUGCUUCUGACGCUUACAUCCUUGAGUGUGGCCUGCAUUUUGGUACAGACGAGUCGUCAACAACAGCAUCGGCGUUUAUCGGUUCCUUAGAUUAUUUACACGUGUUCCGCAGUAACCCUGGGUCCUUCUACUGAAACAACCACAGUCAGAGGGAAGAGGAACCCUAACCUUUGCUGCAGAUUGCUGGGAGAUGGCAUUAAGAUGAUUUAUUCCUUCACAUCCUUGCUAUGUCUAUAGGAAGUUAAUAUAUUUUGAUGAAAGCAAUGGUAUCCUCCUGUCCUUCCAUUUGUAUGAAAAUAACGCAACAUAGCAACACGAACCGUGACGGUGCAAAUUCCAUGACACCACACUCCUUGCCAGUUUCUGGGAUCAGCGUCCGUCUCAUCAUCUUUCUACAGCGGGAUGAAAUGGACCCCGACGUCAACCCGUUAUGGGUGACGAAUCAGUCACUUUAAUAUCGGUGUAUAUUUUUUUAAUAUAUCGUUUUCACUAUGUCCAUAAUUCUUUUUUAAAUAUGUAUUUUUAUGUUCCAAUAACACGUACAUGAUAUAUUAUGUCACAUAUUUUGUUUACACUAUAAUUCCGAGUGAAUUUACAUUUGGUAAAUACUUACCUUUGUACCAUGCAUUUUUUGUGAUUACCUCAUCUGCACUGUAGCUGUACUGAGAAUAUCUGUAUAUUAUGUACAUUGAGUAAAGAAUAAAGCAUGAUGUAGAUAACCUGA